AUGGCUGAGACGGUUCGAAAAUGCAAAGAACUUGGUGUAAAAUGUGGUGCUCAUCCAGGCUACCCUGAUGUGCAAGGCUUUGGUCGACGAGAGAUUCAUAUGGAGGCCGAAGAGCUCACAGCAAUGAUCGUUUACCAGGUUGGUGCCUUGAAAGGCUUUCUUGACAGAGAAGGUGUGCCAUUACAUCACGUAAAACCACACGGGAAGCUGUAUGGCGUGAUGUGUCGAGACUAUGAUGUUGCACGAGCAGUCGUCGCAGGCGUACCUCCAGGAGUACCACUCUUUGGUUUGCCUGGCACUGCAAUGGAAAAGGCUGCAAAUGACCUGGGAGUGCCAUUUGUUGCAGAGCUCUAUGCUGAUGUGAAGUAUUCGAGCGACGGCAUGCUAGUGAUUGACCGGAAGAAGAAGCCGUGGAAGAAGGAGGAUGUGCGAGCACAUAUCGGGCAACAGCUGAAUAGUCAAUCAGUGACGGCGACUGAUGGCAAAAGCACAACCGUUGAGGUGUGA